CUCCCAGCCCUCCGAAGGUGUCUGAUUCCAUGAUUUGCCUGUGAUGACUUUGAAAGUUAGGUAAAAUUGUAAAAUGCAAAAGCCAUCAAUAAGAAGCAAAUUGUUGCAGAGUAUCUCUUCCUUAUUUGACUGUCUCGGAACUAAAUUGAGAAAGCAGUGACAUAAGCAAAUGUACACCACCUUCCUGACUCAUGCCUUUAUUGUCUUGUUCUCCAGAGGAGUCCCGAUUCAACUGAAGAAAAGCGUGAAUAACCCAACCUGUCCAAAACUCUAAAACUUUAUUACUUUUAAGUCAAUAAUUUUUUUCUUCCCAAAAUGCUGGAGUCUGGCCUCAUUACCUGCUUUCUUCUUGCAGUGAUACAAUUUCUUCUUGGGAUUUUCAUGAAUGGCAUCAUUGUGGUGGUGAACGGUAUUGACUUGAUCAAGCACAGAAAAAUGGCUCCAGUGGAUCUCCUUCUUUCCUGCCUGGCACUUUCUAGAACUUUUCUGCAGUUGUUCAUCUUCUACAUUAAUCUGGUUGUUCUCUUCUUGAUGAAAUUAAUCGCGUAUCCUGAGAGUUAUAUAAUUAUCCUGUUUAUAAACGAAUUGGAAAUUUGGCUUGCCACAUGGCUUGGUGUUUUCUACUGCACCAAGGUUUCCAGCGUCCCUCACCCACUCUUCAUCUGGUUGAAGAUGAAGAUAUCCAAGUUGGUCCCAUGGAUGAUCCUGGGGUCUCUGCUGUAUGUAUCUAUCAUUUGUGUUUUCCGUAGCAGAUAUUCAGAGUUUUUUGUUCCACACAACCUCAUGAACUUUUUCUCUCAAAAUGACACAAUUCAAAUAGAAGAUAUACCUGCUACACAGAUUACCUUUUUUGCUGCUGAGCUCUUAGUGCCACUGCUUAUUUUCCUUGCUGCUGUUCUGCUCUUGAUUUUUUCUUUGGGGAGGCACACCUGGCAAAUGAGAAAGACAGUAGCCCGCAGCAGCGUCCCUGGCAGGAGUGGCCACAUGAGCGCCUGGCUGUCCAUCCUGUCCUUCCUGAUCCUUUAUGUUUCUCACUAUAUGAUGAAAGCUUUUCUCUGUUCUAUAAGGUUUCACGUCAGAAGGUUCAUCUUUAUGCUCUGCAUCCUUGUGAUUGGCACAUACCCUUCUGGACACUCUCUCAUCUUAAUUUUAGGAAAUCCUAAAUUGAAACAAAAUGCAAAAAAGUUCCUCCUCCACAGUAAGUGCUGUCAGUGAGAGAACUUUGAUCGGUUCAAAAGAACCCAUGAUUCAAUGACUUACCCACGCAUGCGACACUUCCCUCAGCCAGACAAAGCAGCCUGUUCAUAAAUAUACAAAACAUCCCCUUCAGGCUGUUUAUCCAGCCUGAGGUAUUUUUAUAGAUUUGGUACUUUUUCAAACAGUUAAACUGAUUCUCAAACACAACAUAUGUUGAUGGAUUACAUCAAUGUCAAUAUCCUGGUUAUGAUUUUGUACUGUCAUCUUGCAAGUUGUUACCACUGGGGAAAAGUGAGUAAAUGGUUUGGGAGUCUUUCCGUAUUCCUUCUUAAAAAUGCAUUCAAAUCUACAAUGAUUUCAACACAAAAUGUUUGAUGAAAAAGAAAAGCACAUGUUUGAACUGGUGAUGUCAGAAGGACACAUGAAUGCUGUAUGGUCCAUGUCUAUCUGAUGCCUAGUCUUAGAUGGUUUAUCCUGACCUUAAUGGGCUGACUCUUCGUUUCUUGUCUACCUGGAUAUGAUUUCUGCUCUGUUUGUUGGAGUCACAGGCAGUGGAGCCCUUCAUUCUCCUCAGAUCACAAACGAAACGAGAACAAGCAGGCCUUCUCCAUCCUUAUAAGCAUAUUCUCCUACUUCAUCCUGCAGAGAACUUAGAUGCCUUAGUGACAUGUCCAAUCAACUGAUAAAAGGGGAGACAGAUGGAGGAGGAGGAGGAAUGGAGGGCUGAAUGCUUGUUUUCCAUUUUCCCUAGCUGUGCACUCUGAACAGACAAUAACUUGCAAAGAUGUUUCAUUUUGUAUCUGUGUGCCUGACUUUGAGACUCUUUCAACCAAGGAUGGUAAUUUGGAACUCCUCCUGCAUUGCAUGUCCUCCCAACUAAGCAACAUCAGUAGGUGUGUGAACUGGGGGUGUCUCCAUCUGCUUGAAGUCACAAACGCAUUUUCUGUUUGAUUGAUGAUGUUGAAUACUAAGAUGAUAGAUAGAUUAGAUAGAUAGAUAGAUAAAUAGAUAGAUAGAUAGAUAGAUAGAUAGAUAGAUAGAUGAUAUAGAGAUAUAGAGAUAUUAUAGAUAUAGAUACACUUGUAUAUUUCCAAAACAGCUUCAGAACCCUUUCACUUCCAGACAAAUAAAUAAAGUAAAAAAUGUUCUUAAGCUCAGCUAUAACUUGCAGCUCAGGCAUGAUGGUGCAAAGUAGGCUGAGGUUUAGAUUUGUCAAUCACCAGUAAUAGGAUCCCAAAUACAGCUUUUCUAAGCCAAGCCACGCAGGCCUGGUUAUAAUACACCAAUGAAGGAUUUUGCUUCAGAAGAUUCAGGGACGUACUUAUCUUCUUGGGCAUGGGAACUAAGAGCUGAGGGUACUCUCGACUUCCCACAGGUUUCACAUUUCAUUUCUCAAGGAGCAAAAUAACAGUCUCCAUCUUCCUGUCAUCUCAUAUUCCCAUGUCCCACUAGGUAGGAAGGUUUGUAGCUAAUAGCACACUCCAGAAGCCAGCUGUGGGAAGAUCAGUUGUAUCCUGGAUGUAAUUAUUUCUUUUGAUUGGGGGAAAGGACAAGGAAAAGUCACUUUUAUUUUUCCCACAUCUCAAGUUCAGGGAAUAUCCUGUUCCUUGAAUCUGUGAUAUGUGUACCUGAAAGAGUGGGAGUAAUUUCAAACAUUCAGAGAGAAAUUUGUCAGUAUACAACUUCCACGUUUUUUUUUUUCUGGUAUUAAAUUCUGAUUCCAUUUCAAGCAAUUCCAGCUUCAAUAAUGUUCCCCAAUUAGAUAAAUAUUAAGGUAUGACGAACAUUGUAUGCUGUUAUCAAGAAUUGUUUUAAAAAAGAAUUCAUAGUAAAACAAACUAUUCUAA